CACCAUUCCUCCUCCAACAUGGCGGCCAACAGGAGGAUGAAACGCAUGGCGUCCUCCCAGCCUGGUUUUAUUAAGUUAAAGUCCGUUUCGGGCAGCGAUAUCCUGGGCACCACUCGGAGAAAACGUCUGAACAAGAACAAGAAGAAGAACUGGAACAAAAACAUCGACAUCAACGAUGUGGACGAGUUUCUGGAAGACAUCCGACACCAGGAGAGAACCACAGGGGGUUUGCUUUCGGAGAAGACGGACGAAAGUUUGUUCUUUUUGGAUGUUGGACCACCAAAGAAAGCUGAACGGAAAGUGGCACCUGUCGAGGUGAAGAUGAGGAGGGGAAAGCCGGUGCGUCCUCUGAGAAUCGACCUGAUCCUGCAGCACGACUCCCUCGUUCCAGCACCUAAAGAUGUGCUAUCCUACCAGCUACCUAAUGCCAAGAAACUCCGCCGCAUUGCCCAGAAGGCUGAGCAUCUGGCAGCCAAAGGCAUAGUGCCACGGAGGCAGAAAAAGCUGCUGAACCUACGGGCGCCCGAGAAGACAGAAAGCAAGGCAGUGACUGACGCCAACAACAACCCCGAGAGAGACUUCUACGACAUAUGGGCACCAGAGAUAAAAAGUACAGCUGACCCCUGGUACCUUCAACAAACGCGCAAAUCGCGUGUCAAGCGUCCAGAGAAGUUGAAUGCGAAGCCGUCUGCGCUUCCUGCUGUGGAGGUGAUCGCUCCUGGAGGAUCUUACAACCCAGACUUCUUCUCCCAUCAGGCCUUGCUGCAGGAAGCCCAUGAUGUGGAAGUGAAGAAACAAAAAGCGGAAGACAAGCUUGUGAGGCAGCUGGCGGUCAACAAAGAUCACCUAGCAACAGAGGAGACGAUCUUCAGAGAGCAGGUGGAAGGCCUGGUAGAACAGGAAGAUGAUGAUAAUGAUGAAGAAGCAGGAGCUGAGGAUGAUGAUGGUGUGAUAGUAGGAGCCAUCGCACAGGCCUUGAAGAAGACGGAGAAAGACAGGAGGAAAGAGAGGGCAGAGAUACUCAAGGAGCAAAGUCGACAGGCCGACAAGGAGCAGACCUUCAGGCAGCAGCAGCUCUUCCAGCUGCGCUCCAUAAAGACCUCCAUCAAACAGGACGAGGCGGACACCAAAGUCAAACAGAUUCAGCGCAAAGCCAACCAGGAGGCCGAGAAAUCUCAACCCAGACGCCUCGGCAAACUCAAGUUUCAGGCUCAGGACCUGGAGGUCCAGCUGAGUGACGAGCUGGCCGGCUCCCUGCGACAACUCAAGCCAGAGGGCAGCGUCCUCAAGGAUCGCUUCAAGAGCAUGCAGAAGAGGAACCUGAUCGAACCCAGAGAAAGAGCCAAGUUCAAGAGGAGACUCAAAGUGAAGUAUCAGGAGAAGAGGGCUUUUAGAGAGAUCACUUAAAUGCCUGCCCUCAAACCACAGGAGCUGAACUCAAGAGGCUGGGCAGCGUUUUAAAGCCACAAAGACAUCAUAAUGGAACGGUGUAUAUACGACUGAAUGAGGGGCCCGUUUGACCCUUUCAGACAAUUUCAACUACUCACAAUUUAAUAUGGAAAAUCAAUGAUACGUGAAAAAAAAAAUAUGAAAGUGUUGGAUGUAAGUGUAGUGCAUUUGCUCUACUGGUUUCAUGUUUUAAUAUAUCUUUUCACACA